GCCCGCGCCGGCACCUCCUUAAGUACAAGCUGCUAUGCAAAUAAGGAGGGGACAGGACCUCUGCCGAUUGGUCGGUUUGCCUUGUGACGACACAAAAGCUCUCAUCCAAUCGAAACGCGCGGUCUACAAGACUCGCGUUUUCAUGGGCCCAAAUGAAAAUGAACUCUCGGCCAAUCGGACGGCUUCCUUUUCGCGCUCAGCGAGGCCUAUAAAAAGUUAGUGUCGCACGGCUCCUGCUCGUGGUUUUGAACACACUAAGCGCAGACUUCAGCAUGUCUGGACGUGGCAAGCAGGGCGGCAAGGCGCGCGCCAAGGCCAAGACCCGCUCGUCCCGGGCCGGCCUGCAGUUCCCCGUGGGCCGCGUGCACCGGCUGCUCCGCAAGGGCAACUACGCCGAGCGGGUGGGCGCCGGCGCCCCGGUGUACCUGGCGGCCGUGCUCGAGUACCUGACGGCCGAGAUCCUGGAGCUGGCGGGCAACGCGGCCCGCGACAACAAGAAGACGCGCAUCAUCCCGCGCCACCUGCAGCUGGCCAUCCGCAACGACGAGGAGCUCAACAAGCUGCUGGGCAAAGUCACCAUCGCGCAGGGCGGCGUCCUGCCCAACAUCCAGGCUGUGCUGCUGCCCAAGAAGACCGAGAGCCACCACAAGGCGAAGUAAUCUAAAUAUUUUUAGCCCAUACAAACGGCUCUUUUCAGAGCCACUUAAAUAAUCACAAAAAGGUGACACGAUUUUUCUAUAAGUUCUUUGUAACUUACUCGUUUCCAAGUGAAUGCUCCAGUAUUGCCUUGAACUUUGCGCUAAGGAUUUAAAUCUAAUAUAGAUAGCUGGCUGGUAUGACACAGAAGCCUUUGCAUUUCCUUACAUAUAGAGCUGGAGUACAGAUAUUAGGGUGCUUACUUCCUCUAUAGCUGACUACUUUUGAAUCUCUAACAUCAGACCAAGAGUUACUUUUUAAUCUCUAACAUCAGACCAAGAGUGAUUCCUGAGUGCAGAGCCAGGAGUGACCCCAAAAAAGCAAAAAGAAAAGAUGUUCCAGAAGGUCUGGCAUGGCAAGUAAAUUUUUCACAAUAGGGAAUCCCAUUUUGUGCUCGUUAUUAAAAUAAGGUGCUCUGGGACAUCCUUAAAUACAUAAUAGAACAUUCUCAGUCUGUUGAAGAUAUUUACAGCAAGAAAUACGCCCAAAACUUUAGUAACUGCCAGUAAGCACUAACUUUACUAUUUUUUUAAUGAUAAAUUAAACAGUGUAUUUUCCACAUGACUAAGCAUGUUUUUCUUAGCUGAAUACUACCAAGUCCUAAACUGCCAAGUAAAAUGUACAAAAAGUAGAACACUUAACCUAACAGCCGCAAUACCAUUAUCGCACAUGGACCAAGUGAUCACAAGGACAUCCUAACCCUCACCAAAGCUAAAAAAAAAAAAAAAAAACCU